ACUAAGCUACCCCCAGCCUUACUACCCCCACCCUUUCGUUCCAGCUCCCCUAGCUAGUGCAAAUCUCGGCGGAUGAAUGUUUUCUUAAGGGAUUCUUCCCGAAAGCGACGCGAAAAUCUGAGAGGAGUUGAUCGAGCUGGAAAUUCGAAGAUUGCUCUAAAGCUGCAGAAUAAUGGAAAGCGGGAGCAAUUUACAUAACCCGGGUAAUUAUCCCGGUGGGGACCGCCAACAAUUUUGUGUUUCAUGGAACUCUCAUCAGUCAAAUAUGCACAGUGCAUUUCCAAAACUUUUAAGUUCUGAACAAUUUGUCGAUGUCACUUUAGCAUGCGACGGAGGCUCUAUAAAAUGUCACAAAGUGGUACUGUCCGCUUGUAGUGAUUAUUUGGAACGUUUGCUAUUAGAAAUACCAUGCACUCAUCCUAUUAUAUUUUUGAGAGAUAUGAGAAUGUGGGAACUUCAAGCUUUAGUGGAGUUUAUGUAUCGUGGUGAAGUAUACGUGGAGCAACAGCAGCUAGGUAAAUUAAUGCAAGCUGCUGAAGUUUUACAGGUUCGUGGCUUAUCCACUCAAGGAAAUGAUAAUUCUUCGAGUGAAAGUAGUUCUCAACAAUGUGACUCUAACGCCGCUGUUGUACCAUCUACGGCUGCACAGCAGGAUGGAUCUGAUUAUAAAGGCGAGGAAACUCCAUCUGAUGACGGAACUUCGAGUGCUACCUUUUUAGAGACUACGUCAAUUGCUGCGACUAGUACAGCAAGCGCUCCAUCACACAGUACUACACCAGUUCCGCAGAAUCCGAAUUCAUCAAAUUUUAUGAAUAUGGAACAUAGCGAGGCAUUACAGCAUUUGGAAAAAGCCCUUAGCGCUUGUGAAGCGACAUUAACUGAAACGCCGGGAAUGGUUAAAAUGGAGCCGGAUGAGCAGUUUACCCAACAGCAUGAUGUCAAACCAUACUCUAUUAGUAUGGUUCCAAGCAGUAAUUGUAAUCCUAGUAGUCCGUUUCCCGCGAUCGAAGGUUAUCAGAGACGACAAAGACGUUCGGAAGAAGAAUUGAAGCAAGCUUCGGAUAUGGUAGCACGUGGUAUGACAUUUCAAGUUGCUUCGGAAAAGUACAAAAUUCCGAUAAGUACGAUUCGAUUCUAUAUGGUUAGAAAAGGUAUAUUGCAAAGGCGAAAACGUGGUCGUGGUUCAAGUAAUCUUGGUAUGAAUAGUCAACCGGGAAGUCCUGCAAGUCCGCCAUAUCAUAUGAUGAACUAUCGUUUGCCAGAAAGCCUAAACUCCAGCCUACCGUAGUGCUGUACGAAAAGUAGCCAGUUUUUAGACUUGAGUUGAAUCGAACAAAUUUUUUAUUGCCACGUCGGAGCUGUUCCAGACUGUCAUUCUUCCCAUCUUUAUUGACUCACACUGAGUUAUCUGUUUCUCGUUUAUACAUUCACGAUUCACGUGAUCACGUAUGUCCAAUCGAGUGCGUUUUCGCCAAACUCGUUAUACUAUACACAUUCAUUGCAUUUACAGAAGAUAGUAAUUUAAUAGAAAAUAAUUAACAAAGUGUACGUAUCGUACACAGUAGACACGAUUUUAGUCUCGAACAGCUCGGUUCUGUGUACAUAUGCAUCAUAUGUGAGUUUUCGAACGCAGCAUCAAAAUGAAAAGAUCAGAGUGAUGGAAAAAAGGGAAGAAAGAUCAUCUAAAAGUUAUGUAAGAGCAUUUAGUUCAUUUAAUGAUUGAAUUUUCGCUCAUUUCAUACGAUUCAGUUGGAAAUAAUUUAACAUUUAUUGUAAAUAAUACUAGUUUUCUUCUUUUCUGGUUUUCCAUACUAUAUUGUAAUACUGUAAUCAAAUGAAGUAACGCGUCUCGAUGCAGCGUUCGAAGACCAUCCGUACGGUUCAGUUUUGGGCCGUGUUCCGUUCUUCUACUUAGUGACACAUACACCUUGCGUACAUGGAUAACGUAAGAGGUAUUUUUUUGAGUCCUAUACACAGAUUGCUACAACAGAUUUACAAAAUACGGUUCAUGGAAAAGUUUGAACGUGUCACGCAAAUCAUAUUUUUACGAUCACUCGAAAUCUUUUGAUAAUACGUAUCUGUAGAAUAGGUUAUUUUUUAUUACGUCCUAUUUAUACAUAUAUAUAUGUAUAUGUGUGUGUAUAUACGUAGGCGUGCGCGCACGUCAUGUUCGGCCUGCCUGUCUGUCCGUCUCUAUCUGUCUGCCUAGUGUAAGUCUGUGUCUGCGCCUGUGUUUGAGUGUAUGCGCGCGUGCGUACGUACAUGUGUACAUACGUACAUAGAUAUGUAUGUAUAUAUAUAUAUAUAUAAAAAAAGUGUAUGUAUAUAUAUAUCUAUAUUAUAGUAUUAUAUAAUAUAUUAUAAUAUAUAUAAUGUAAAUAUUUAUAUUAUAUAAAUAUAAAUAUUUAUAAUGUAAAUAUUUAUAUUGUAUGUAUUAUAUAUUAUAUAUAUAUAUACACUUGAAUAAAAUGUAUGCGUACUCAGUUAAGUUGCUUCUUUCGAAUCCGAACAACAAUCGGAAUUAAUCCGAUAUUCUAGAAAUUGAAUUUUGGCCCUAUUGAAACGAACAAAAUGUUCAACAAAUUGAACAAAUUAACAGGUCCGUGAAUGUUGUUUAUUUUCUUGCUUUCAUUUAGCGCGAAAUUAAAUCUGUAACAAUGGGAUCGAAGCUCGCGGUUCAAAAAGACGUACGAUAUAUCGUAGUUGUUACAAGAUCAUUAGCUUCGUCCAUGAACGAAUUAGUCACUACGUUCAAGACUGGUAACACGUGGCUGAUUCGCAACCACGUCGAAUCUUCUUAUACCGAAAAUCUGGAUCUACUAUACAAAUAUUUUUGUAGACACUUUGCGCGUGGAAGGUGUCUUCUUUCUGCCUUUGUAUAUGCGUGUGUUUAUAUAUUUAUAUAUGAAUAUAUAUAUACACAUACAUGUACACACACAAGCACAUAUAUACAUAUACCUAUAAAUAUACAGUUACAAGAACAGAAGUUGUUGCAUCGAUAAUUAUACAUGAGCAUAUGAACAUGUAUACAUAAAUCGAUAGCUAUACACAUUCAAAUGCUCGAUGAACCGGUAUUCGUUGGAAGAGUUUAUAAUUUAACUUCGUCUAGGAAAGAAGAAAAAAAAAGAAACUGAAAAUGAACGAUCAUGACAUACGUAGCAUAAUGCUUUUUACAUGCUAGUGUACAAAUAACAUUUAUAAUUUGUUGUCAAAAUCCAGCAGUUUUCAUAGAGGUGAUCGAAUAUACAUUGUACGAUCCUUUUAUGAAUACUGGAUCUGCCUUUUCGAAAGAUUACAUACACUUGAAGUUGUGCAUACACAACCAGCGCGCGUGCACGUAUAUCUUAACGUAGAAUACACGUAUGUGCACACGCGCGCGCGCAGAUAUACACACACACACACACACACAGACUAUAAUCGUACAGUGUAUUGCCUUUGUUAAAUAGCAUUCGGAUAAAGCCAUAUUUUUCCAUGCAAUGCAAUAAUCCAGCAAAGUAAAUUACCGUAAAUGUGAAACAGCCUAAAUAGAAGAGUGCCAGAUACGAGAAAAAAGAAAAGAAAAUAUUAUGACGAUAAUGAUGACGGUGAUGAUGAUGAUAUGAUAAUGAUGAUGAUGAUGACGAUGGUGACGAUAACGAAGAUAAAGGAGAAGAGUAAUGAUGAUAUUGACGAUAAUAAUUGAUGUUGAGUAUGGUGAUGAUGAUGGUGAUGAUGAUAAUGAUGAUGAUGAUGAUAUGGUGAUGAUGAUGAUGAUAACGACGAGGACGACAACCAUGAUGAUGACGUUGAUAAUGAUAUUGAUGAUGGCGACAAUGAUGCUACUGCUGAUGAUGAUAAAGAGAAAAAAUGAAAAAAAGGGGGGAAAUAAGAAAAGUAUUUCAGAGUAAAACGCUAUACAAUUUCCUAACAUUCAGAACGUAUCUGCCUUUUAUUCUGGCCUCGUGAUAAAUCCUGACUUUAUUUAUACUUGACAAUAUACGGAAUACCGUGUAAAAAAAAACAACUAAAAAUUAGGUUAGGAAACUUUGUGAACAUUUGGUUACUCGCGAUACAUGGCAAGACCUGAUAUUCAAUCUCGUUCGCGCAAAAUCGAGUUGGAAACGAAUUGGGAAAAUCUGUUAUAUACGGGAAAUUCUUUUUUCCCUCCUCUCCUUCCAUCUUUCCCUCCCUUACCCUCGCUCUUUUUCAAUCUGUUUAAUUUUGUAUUGUAGCUGGAUAAAAUCUUUCGAAUUGCACAAAGGAGGGAAGGGAGGAAGAGAGAGAGAGAGAGUGAGAGAGAGAAAGAGAGGAGGGAGAAACGUUUGCGACAUUCUAUAAUUUUUAUGUUUUUAUCUAUCCUUUCUCUUGCUCUUCCUUUUUAAAAUGGAUCCGGUUUCGUUUCCUUCUCUUAAGCCUAAUGAUUUAUGUUUCGUUUCAUACUGUUUGGUCGUUGACAUUCAAUUCGAUCCAAGAUCUUCGUCGAAUAAGAACAAAGGAAGGGAUAAAGGGUACAGCGUAUGUGCGAGUGUUGUACGGUUAAAAUCGGAUGUUGGAAUAACGAAUAAGUAACGGAGAGUAGUUUUUUAUUAAGAUACAUAGUAUCGUCGCUUGAGGUUUCGUAUCGCGCGAAUCAUCGUUCAAAGAGUUCCAGUUGACAAAGGUUUUAUACAGAUCUAUUAAAAACCAGUAUUUCAAACCAAUGAAAAAUAAUUAGUUUUCUAAUAAUAACGAUACAUUUUACGUAAAUUUAGUACAGUGCUUAAGUCAGUAAUGCUCAGCGUAUCUAACAAAUAUUUUUAGUGGAAAGCCGUGUCAUACUCACGUGUAUUAUAAUGCCCUUAAAAUAUGUAACUAAACAACAAUCAAAGAAGCGUGAACGAUAAUUGAUGACUAUUGUUAUUAUUAUUACUACUACUACGAUUAUUAUUAAUUAUUAUUAAUUAUUAUUAUUAUUAUUAUUAUUAUUAUUAUUACUAUUACUACUAUUAUUACUAUUAUUACUACUACUACUACUACUACUACUACUACUAUUACUACUACUACUACUACUACUACUACUAUUAUUACUACUACUACUCUUAUUAUUAUUAUAGUCAUUUCCUUAGCAGUACGUAGAUCGUAGCCAUUUCGAGGCAGUUUACGUUAUAUUUAAUUAGGUUAUCGCUUCGGAAUACGUUUUUAUGACGGUAUUAUUAUUUGUAGAUAGAAUUUGCUAUUAUAUUUCGUACGAUAAUCAAUCGAUUGCUAUAUUAAGAUUUUAUUUUACAGUUACCGUGAUCAAUAUCCUGUGAAUAGCGGAGAAUACGAUCGAUCGGUCUUUGCAUUGGUCUUAUUAUACACCCAUUGUUUCUUCUCUUUUGUCACAUUUUGCUUGAUCCAUAUUUACAUAAAUACAUAUACUUAUAUACAUAUAUUUUGUAUUAUAUCUUCCAUUAAAAUGCUAAAGUAUUGAACUUAUACCGUGAGAAACAUGUUUUCCGAGAUAUGGUAUUAUACGA